AUGGCCGUGAAAGGAUCAACACAACGGUGGGACGUGAGAUUUGUUGGAGUGGUUUUCACAAUAACUCUUGUUUUAAUCUUAUCCUCUGCUUCUGUUUCGGUUUCUGCUAAUCAAAACCUAAACGACAAAAGCAUUGAUCCAACCACUGUUGAGACAAGGGAGAGUACUGGUUUUCUCUCUAAAGUUGUGAACUUUCUUUGGAACUCAUCUGGGUCAACAUAUCAGCAUACUUGGCCAGACAUUGAAUUUGGAUGGAGAAUUGUGACGGGGACGAUAAUAGGGUUCUUAGGAUCUGCUUUCGGGACUGUGGGAGGUGUUGGUGGAGGUGGCAUUUUUGUCACCAUGCUUUCUCUUGUCAUUGGGUUUGAUCAAAAAUCUUCCACAGCAAUCUCUAAAUGUAUGAUUACGGGUGGAGCAGCAUCGACUGUUUUCUACAAUUUGAAGCAAAAACACCCAACACUUGACAUGCCAGUCAUCGAUUACGACUUGGCACUUCUUUUCCAGCCAGUGCUGGUGCUUGGAAUCAGCAUUGGAGUUGCCUUCAAUGUUAUUUUUGCUGAUUGGAUGAUCACAUCUUUUCACUUUGCUUAUCUGGGUGUAUAUAAAACAGGAAUUGCAAGCAAGGCAUUGUUAAAGGGGAUUGAAACAUGGAAAAAAGAAACCAUUAUCAAGAAGGAAUCUGCUAGACAAUCACAAUUAGAUGGCACUGAAAGGACUGAGGAAGUCGCAUAUGAACCUCUACCGCUAGGGCCAACAGCCCCAAAUGCAAGUAAUCACACAGCUCCUAAAAAAUUCAACGAAAAGGGAUCUCUUAUUGGGAAUAUUCGCUGGAAAGCACUUGGAAUGCUUUCCACAGUCUGGGUCCUUAUACUUGCAUGCGAGAUUGGAAAAAGUCACACAACAACUUGUUCAACGGAGUACUGGCUGCUUAAUCUAUUACAGGUUCCUGUGGCAUUAGGAGUGACAUCUUUUCAGGCCGUGCGUCUAUACAAAGGGAAGACAGUGAUAGCAUCGAAAGGAGAUCAACAAACACAAUGGCGAGCACACCAGUUAAUUCUGUAUUCUGCUUGUGGCAUAUGUGCUGGUAUGGUUGGUGGCUUGCUUGGUCUUGGUGGAGGUUUCAUUUUGGGACCCCUUUUCCUCGAGCUAGGAAUCCCUCCUCAGGUGUCAAGUGCUACAGCUACUUUUUCCAUGACUUUUUCUGCAUCUAUGUCAGUGGUGGAAUACUACCUUCUCCACCGUUUUCCCAUCCCUUAUACUCUUUACUUUGUGGCUGUAUCCACUUUCGCGGCCUUUGUUGGGCAAGUCUUGGUCAAAAAGCUGGUUGCAUUCUUAGGGAGAGCAUCACUCAUCAUUUUCAUCCUUUCUGGCACCAUUUAUGUCAGUGCAGUAUCACUAGGCAAGUCUCAUUAG